UCUAUCCCAUCCCAUCCCAAGCCCUCUCUGUCUAACAACGGAAAGGGAAAAUUGUCGAGGAAUUGCUUCUCUUAUUGGAUCUCUGGGGAGCUUCUUGAGGUUCUCUGAUGUGGUGUAUCGAUCUAAAUUGGGUUUCGUUUUGAUUGUUGGAUCUGCUGAUAUCUGGAAAAUUGAGGGUGGGAUUCCUUGUUCCAGGAUGAUGAUGCUGUCUUUUUUUUUUAAUAUCUCCUUUGGUUCGUUAUAAUUAGUUCAAGUUGGCAUUUUCUUGUUGGAAUCUAAGAUUUUGUGCUGGAAGUUCCAAUCUCUCAUAUGAUUGCUUCACAUUUGGCCCCCUUGUGCCAAUGGGCAUUGUAAAGAUUAGGCCUCGGGGGCCUGGAAAUGAUGAUUCUGCAAGACAAAGUUUUCGUACCUUUCCACUCAAGGAGCUUGCUCAAGAGGAAGGAUUGCUCUUGGAAAAGAACGCUGAUGAUGUUUUUUAUGACUCUGAAGUUGCAGAGGUGGGUUGUGAGUCUGUCAUGGUUGAAGACCAGAUAUGCAGUGUUCCAUAUGAGCUUUACGAUUUGCUAGAUUUAAAGGAAAUUCUCUCUUUAGAGACCUGGAAUUCUUGUUUAACAGAAGAAGAAAGAUUUUCUCUAGCAGCUUACCUUCCAGAUAUGGACCAAGAGACAUUCUGUAUUACGAUAAAAGAGUUGCUCAAUGGAGAUAAUAUAUUCUUUGGAAGUCCAUUGGAAAAAUUUUUCGAUAGAUUGAAAGGCGGAAUUUGUUCUCCACAAGUUUCUCAUCUAAGGGUAGCUCUGCAGUUCUUACAAAGACGGGGCUAUUAUCAUUCUCUCAGAUCAUAUCAUCAGAAUAUGGCUCAGAAGUUUAUGGACCUCAAAAGGGCAUGGAGCAAUUGUCAUCCAAACGUGAGUGUUGAGGAAAGGAUUCGCAUUUGGAGCAGUAGGAAAGAUCGCAAUCCUGUAUGUUUGGUCGAUCUCAACGCGUUUCCUGCAGAAGAGGAGAUCUUAAACAAGGGCGAAAAGAAUGUGGCGACCAUUCCAUUGUUAAAGAAGACCAAAUAUAUGAAUGAAGGCAUAAAUAUUCAUGAUCCAAUAGUUGUUUUGAAUGAUAUGGCAGUAAACAAAAAGACAAAAGCAAAAGGGGUUCUGAAAAUAAAACCAAUUGAAAUGAACACAAUGCAAAAUCAACCUCUGCAACCAUUUCCAAGUGAGCCAUGGGAGCUAAGUAGGCGGCCACCCAAAGGUGUGUUAAAAAUAAAGCCUAAAUGUGAUCCUUUUGGUCAGCAAGAGCAAUCCAGAAUGAUCCAAAGUCCAGCAGAACAAAGUACAGCUGAUCUAUUGGGUGCUCAUACCUCUAGAUUCUCCACUUCACAGUUUGCUUUUCCAUGGGACAAAAGGACUUUUGAUGAGAGAUUACGAUUUGUACAUCAGAGAAGCAGAGAUGGAAAUACUUAUAGAAGUCCUGGACCUAUAGAAAAUCAGAAAAGGGAGGAAUUUCCAAGCAUGGGUUCUGGACAGAGCUUCCAAAGAAGGAUAAAGAUGGUAAAGGACAUGAGGUCAGAUAAUGCCAUAGAGAUAAAUGAAGAAGUUUUUCCACUGACAGAUCACCAGAAAUUGAGGAUUCAUUCUCAUGAAAGUAGUGGGUUUGGAGAGUGCCACAACGGAGAGAACCUUUGGAACUCAGGUCAACGAAGUAGACUGCUUCAUUCUGGUUCUGCUGACUCAUACCCUUUUGCUCCUGAGAAUCAAGGAAGAAGGCAGAUGACCUCAGUGCGUUUCUCGCUUUCUGAAGCAGUUUCAGGGGUCCCAAUUGUUCCCACUGAUGAGCACCAGGCUUUUUCAAAGCCUUCUGAUCAUUCGAAGCAUAAGCUUAGAGAUAAUAAUGAUGGAGAAUUGAAAGUGCCAAGUGUCCAAAUGGCUACUUUAGGGGUUGAAAGAGAAGGUCCAAUGUUUCCUAUAACAUAUAAGCGGAAAAAAGCAUACAGAAAGCUUAACUCGGUCGACACUCUCAAGCAGCCACCCUUGGUAGCCGAUGUGGAACCAGUAGAGCCAACUGGAACAGUAAACAUGAAAGCAAAGGCUAUCAAGAUAAAGUUUAAAGGUUGGAAGGAUAAAAAUGCUGAGCACAAACAAGAAAAGCUGAACGGGAUGCAGCAUGGGUCUAUGUCAAGUUGACCCUAUGUGAUGUAAUCGACGAGCAUUUUGUUGGAUCCUGCCACAAAUUAAUUAGGUUUUCAAUGAUUCUGUUGGUGGGAUGCUGCAUUGGUUGCUAAACAAGCUGCUAAUAGUUAUACCUGAUUGUGAAAAGCAACCAAGCACCUGCUUCAAUGAGGUAUCUGGGAAAGAUUUGCUGGAAAAUUCAUCAAAUGUAAAUUCAGAGCUGAUCAUGGUCACAAAGGAAUGAAGCCGCAUAAUUUGUGGUUCUUAUAUGCAUAUAGUUAUAUACAUAUAUCUUAGGCAUUUCAUUCCUUUCUCUGGGAUGAUCUGUAUUUUGUUCUGUAUCCUACUAUUAGUGAUAGGCAGAAGCAAAGCUAGUUUCUUCUUUUUCUCAUUACAAAUUAACUCCUUCUCAUUGUAUGAGCUGAUCCUGGCAAAACCAUGCUGAGAUGUAUAUGUAAAUUGAUGUGUGUCGAUUUUAGUGUCCAAUAGAUAUUCUUGACUCUCAGCCUUAAUGACAUCAGCAAAUUUAACUUAA